AUGGCGAGCAAAUAUCGCGAAGACACAAAGCAGUCGUUGGUCGCGAGACUGGCAGCAGUAUCAUUCAACGCUGAACCAACGUCUCGACAUCGUCUGAUCGUUGGUGUUGACUAUGGCACAACGUAUUCCGGAGUAAGCUUUGCGACUACCGACAAGUCAAGCGCGGAUGACAUUAACGUCAUCCGUACUUGGCCUGGUCGAGAUGGUGAAUGGAAGGUACCCACCAGGAUAGCGUAUGCCCAGGAGAACCAGGCCGAUCAACUGACCGCAAACAAAUGGGGGUUUGAAGUUGAGCCGCGCAUGACCUCCUGCUCGUGGACGAAACUCUUGCUUGACGCGAAAGCCGAUGAGCAGACGCACGAUGAUCCGAAGCUCCAGAAUGCCGUGGACGAAGGCAUGUUAAGACUACCUCCAGGAUUGAGUGCACAGCAGGUGUGCAGCGAUUUUCUCCGAGAAGUGCACAAGUAUGUGACUGUCAGACUUAGCAGGCAGGUCACUGAAGAGGUCCUGAAGUCCACACCUAUGGACAUCUGGCUUACGAUCCCUGCCGUCUGGACGGAUGAGGCGAAGGAUGCCACUCGUUCGGCUGCUCGCGCUGCAGGCUUUGGCAAUCGCCCACACGAUAGCAUAAAUAUCAUCAGCGAGCCAGAGGCCGCUGCGAUCGCUGCCUUGAAAAAGUACACAGAGCCGCACUCGUUGAUUCCUCCCAAACAAGGCGAAAACGUGCUCGUGUGCGAUUGCGGAGGCGGGACAGUGGACAUCACCACAUAUAACAUUGUCGACGUUAGUCCCAGGCUAGAGUUUGACGAGAUCUGUGUUGGCGUCGGCGGGAAGUGCGGUUCGACGUACAUUGACCGAAAUCUGCACCGUUUAAUGCAGACACGAUUUGGUAGAGCAUUCGAUGAGAUAGAGAUGCGCCGCAAGGGACCAGGAAGCCGCUUCAUGGAGUCGUGGGAAAGAGUCAAGCGUUCUUUCGUGGAACCAGAAGAUCAUAGAGUCCGCGAGGUCGGCCCAUUGCGCAUGAAGAACGUCUCAAGCUCACAGUAUUAUGAUGAGGACGAGUCAAUGGUCCACUUGACAUGGCGAGAUGUGCAAGCGCUCUUCACGCCGGUCGUGAAUGAGAUCUUGAGCUUGGUCAUGAGCCAGAAGAAAGAAUUGCAAUACCAAGGCAGAGCGAUCAACCGAAUUAUCCUGAUCGGUGGCUUCGGCGAUUCUGAGUAUUUGUUCUCGAAACUGAAGUCAUGGUGCGACAGGAAUGGCUCUAUACAAUUGCUCUGUCCAGAGCACCCGCAAGCCGCCAUUGUGCGAGGCGCCGCGAUAAGGGGUCUAGAAGGAUUUGGUGCGGGUCCCCGAAAACGGCGAUGCAGAAGACAUUACGGAGUGGCGACUGCUGCCAUAUUCCGAGAUGGCGUAGAUCCAGAAGCCAAAGCUGUGUUCAGCCAGUGGGAUGGCCGGAAAAGGUGUUUGAACAGGAUGCAUUGGCUGAUCAGAAAAGGAGAGGAGAUCUUGCCCGAUACCAAACGGCUUGUCAAAGUAUUCAUCUCCGUCACCGAGAGCCAUGACUGGAAGACCACGGAUAAUCUCUGGACAUGCUCGUUGAGCGAGCCACCAGAGUACAGCGACAACGAUCGAGUUGCCAAAAUUGGCCGGAUCGAGACGGACUUCUCCACUGUGAGUAAGUCAUCGUUCGCCCACAAACGAGAGUUCCACCUUUUCCGGUCGAAUAAGAAGAUCUGGUGCGUCGAGUUCGAAAUUGAAGUGUCGUUUGGUAGCGAGUCGGGUGUUCUCGAGUUCAGAACUUUGGCGGGUGGUCGCGUAGUUGGCACAUCUUCAAUUGCUUUUGAGUAG